AUGAGCUCCGGAUCCAUCACCAUCUCGUACACGACAAUCGCAGAGAUCGCGCUCGUCUCUGCCCUCGUCGCCGGCGUCGCCUACAUCGGGUCCAAACCCUCCGCCAACUCGCCCCACCCGACAGCGUCCUCGCUCGCCAGUGGACACCAGCCUGCGAAGAAGAAGAGCGCGGCAAAGAAGAAGAAGGCGCAGGGCGUUGUCCAGCAGGUCCAGGACGCGGCGCAGCCCGUCGUCGACAAGGCGAGCGAGGUCGUCCACGCCGCGUCGACCGCCGUCCAGCAGCAGGUCAACAACCCGCCGCCCGCCGUGAAGAAGGCCGUCGAGGCGGUACAGGAGGUCGUGCAGGAGUCGGUCGCGGGCUCGAAGAAGAAGGGCAAGAAGGCCAAGUCGGCAGCGAAGGGAGGACCGUCCGUCUCGACGUCUGGCGCCAACUCGUCGAGCGAGGCGGCGCCGGCCAAGACGGACGCCGAGAAGCAUGCCGCUGCGAAGGCUGCCGCGACGCGAGCGGACCCGGCCGCCGACAUGCGCGACGACUCGCUCGACUCGCAGCCGCACGUCGCGCGCGUCAUGAAGGUCGUCGGCGGCAAGGCCGGUGCAGACCCCAAGUCGCUCCUGAAGGUCCCCGGCCAGGACGAGGACGGCUGGGAGCGCCCCGACGCCUUUGACGACGACGACGGCGAGUGGGAGGCCGUUACGUCCAAGAAACCCUCGCGACCGUCCACCCCGUCCUCGGCGCCUCUCUCGGCCGCACCGGCGCGCACCAUCCCCGGUCUCCCGGCGGCGCCGCUCACCAAGAAGCAGCGCGAGAACGCGGCGAAGAAGUCGAAGGAGCAGGCAGCGAAGGAGGCUAAGGAGCAGGAGCAGGAGGACAGGCUGAGACAGUACCGGAAGGAACAGGAGAAGGCGAGGCUCGCCGCCGACUCUCUCGCCCGACAACGCGCGCGCCCGCGCUCGCAAAACUUCUUCGGAUCGGAACCCCAGCCCGCGCCGCCCAAGGUUGUCGGCGGCGGGAUGAACGCGAGUUUGGACCCGAGCUCAGGGUCGCUCGUGUGGGAUUGA